CGGGAAUGUCCUCCUGGAACCUGUAAAGGUUGUGUCCUCCUCAACUCAAAUGACGCCAUUUGUUCAUGCACUAGCCACGAGGUGCAGUGGUAGUUCUGUCAUAGAUAGGUACAGAUGACUAAAUCAUGAGUCUGCAGGAUUUGUUUGAAGCGCCAACCCAUCGGCCACGAUAUGUCGAAUAUUCAACCACACACGACAGCAGGGACAUGGCUGAGGUCGAGGAGGAUAAUGACAUACUACCAGAUCUACCAGAAGGUGCACGUCAUAGGUCGGGGAGGAGGCGUUCAUCGAUACAUAUUGAGGACGAGUACCUUGAAGGUGGCCGGAGACUGUCCAUCGAGGGUUACCUGAAAGGCCGUAGAAGGUCCUCAUUUCGUAGAGGAAGCAGCAGUCUCGAUCUAGCACAGUUUCAGAAGAAACACUCACAGCCGAAAAAUCCAUUUGAGAUUUACUCCUCUGAACCUCUCUGGGAACAAUACGAAGAUGAACCAGAUAUACCAGACAAAUGGAAGGGCAACACUAUUGAUAGAGGAUCUCUCUAUUCUUUAAAGAAAGAGCAUAUUGCUGGAAGAGAGUUGCCAUUUCUAGUCAACCGUCCAUCGAAGAAAGACGAUGAGAAUGUCAUCAUCAAUAUGGAACAAAAGCGCGAGAGGGACUAUAUAUCUCGCAGUCAUCUGACUGACAACUCGCAGACAAAAUUCAAUCAUGCAGUGAUCCAGCACUUCUACAAAGCUCCGGCUCCUCGUGCACAUCCUGGGUAUGGUAUGCCUAGACCGGAAACAUCUGAAAACAGUCCAUUUCGACUUUUAAUGAAGGACUUGGAACGGGAUCCGAGUGUAGUCGCUAUCAAUAAUUAUCCAUCCUUAACCGUCCCCCCUUCUUGUUCUAAAUCUCCCGGGUUCUGUGAAAUUCUUGGACCAAGCGCAUGCGCAUUGUGCAUUGAAGGAUCUAAUAGAUUUAUUGGUGAAGAACUCCAGAAAAUAAUUUUCCCAGAAAUCGAGAUGACGACUGCUAAGUUAGUACAACCAAAACUCGCCAAGGUUAUGCGUGAAGGGCAUCUAAAUCAGAUGAGGAAACUCAAAUUGCGUGAGAUUCCUUUCCCCAAAUUCAUGCUACCUUUGAAAAGACAAGAGAGUAACCUACUGGGAAAGACAAUGUCGGCCUUGCGGAGAGAACGGUCUAAGCUGAGUUCCGGUCCCUCCAAGCAUAGCUCCUACAGCGUUUCCUCUCGGACAACACAUCUUACAGCAGUUCAUGAGGAAAACGCAUGAUGCCUUCCGCAGGGCAAGAGAGGCUGUAGCAUAUCUGGUUUUCGACUGUCGUCCUGCGGAUGUCUAACAAUAUUUUAUAUAAUUAAAGCGCAUUUCUUUAAUGGGUAUAAAUCGCUUUGUUUCCAGUUUUGUUGUUGUUGUUUUUUCGUUGAAAAGGAAAAGAAGAUAUCUAUCUGAUAGUGGUAUUAUUAAUAAUACAUAUAAUUGACGAGUUUGGCUUAUAUUUGGUAUUUGAAGAGUAAGUGGAAAAUGCUGCAAAAAUAUUGACUGAAAUAUAUUAAUCAUAUAUGAAUAUAAUGUUUACUUCAUUUGUACUACCUGUCUAUAGGGCCCGUAAAGACAUUUGUCUGGGAUCUUUGUUUCAAAAAAUGUUUUAAAUUAAGUACUAUUCUAAAUAAGGCAGCAUAUAAAUGUUGAAUUAAAAUGCUAAAUUCUAUCUGUUAUUGAGUUGGCGGAAAACUAUUCUCAAUUUCUUUGAUUACGCUUAUGAGAGUGAAAACAAAACAAUGAAGGUAUUUCUAAAAUCGUUUAUUCAACUUAAGAGUCAAUUCCCUGAUCAUGGUAUCGUAGACCUUCAAAUUUAUACUGGGUUUUAGUGGUGCUGCUUGUAAAUCUUGAAACGGUCAUGUAUGUGAAAUGAAUAUUAUAUUUCAUAAUAAAAAUGUUUGUUAAAAUAACUACAUAUGUAGUUGAUUAAGUUCAAUGUUUGAGCAUUAGACAGACAAAACACCAACAACAAUAAAGUGAAUUACUGAUAAUUAAAUUAAUAGUUCGUUCGACAAACAUAAUGUCCAUUUUUAUAUUGAUAUACUGUAUAUCUUCCACAUCCCUAUCAUAAAACUGAAACGAAACAUUGGCCAAAUGAAAUGUUAAUGGAAUUCAUGAGUUAGUAUCGUAAACAAUCUUUUUAUUUACAAUAAAAAGUGUUUCAGUCUAACAACUUUUUAUUAUCUGAUCAAGUAUGGCAAAACCUCUACAAAGGAUGACAAUUCCGUGUUUAAGAUCAAGUUCGCAUUUAAGGAACUUUUUUACAAUGAGAAAGCUGAUAAACGUUCAUCCUUAUCUAUAUGAGGCAAAUAACACAAGAAAGUCCAAAUAUGCCGACAAAGUACCCCAAUAAUAUUAAACUUAGUCUUUAGUCACGAAAUGCUUUGUACUGGUCUGUGGUGCCGUGGUUUAGUUCUUAGCAAGACGCGUUGUCCUAAUUGUUCUACAUGGAAUGUGACGGACCUCGCGUAUGUUGUACAGAGAGGUAGUCAUCAACUACUUCAAGGAGGCCCGCUUCAGAAUGACCUUGACUGUUCACGGGGCGAUAAAUACAGCAAGCAAGCAAGCAAACAAACAAACAAACAAACAUGAUCGAGCGACGCUUUACGUUGAGUUGCCAACUUACAAAGAUACAUGAAUGGACGAGGAGACAUUUACACCGCUAACGUACACACUAUAAUGAUUACUAUGAUGCUAGUGCGCUUCAUUAAAUUUGCCUUUGUCCAGUUGGCAUUCAUCAGUCCAUAACUUCCAACUGAAAGCAGUUCAAUGCUUAAAUAGGUGCAACUGUAAUGGGUUGAGAUGAGUGUCCUAGGCUCGGUUAUAACCGGAACAAGGACGUUAAGCCCCAUCAAUCAAUCAAUCAGGGUUGAGAUGAGGAGACUGUUGGAAAUAUCAGCUAUAUUUUCCUCAAUAACAGUAAUUAUAAUUUCCAUGUUUCUAGAUAAACAGUAUUCGUAACUACACAACACUUACUAUGCUGCAAUAAAGCUUCAUAUUUAUGUGAUAUUAAAGAAAUAUACUAAACAUAUCAACGAAAAACUUCCAAAAA